AUUGAAAUACAGUACAAAUGCAUUUCAAGACAAUUUGGAUUUUUCCAAUAUGGCUCUAUCAGUUGUAAAGAAACUUCCUGUUUCUGACAACUUUCUACAGAAAUUGUUUGACUUUAAAGAAAUGCUCUCUAAUAUCAUGGGAGCCAACAAAUAUCAAUUGGGAUCAAUUGUUCAAAAUACUGUGCAAAGGAAAUUCAAAAGAAGUUCAGAUAGCCUACUUUCUGAUAUAAAGGAAGUUAAAGAAUGGCUGGCAUAUGAGUAUGAAAAUAUAAAUGAAAAAUUAAAUAGUCCCGAUCCCAGGAUAGUGAAAUAUGGCAUUAAAGGUUUGCUACCUCUAUCACAUCGGCAAAUGAUGUGUGGUAGUGCCACACCAGGAAAGCCUGAAAUAUUUGGUAGGUGUAAAACAUUGGAAAGCUAU